UUGGAUGAUAUCGAGACGGGGGCUGGUAAUCUCGAUUGGACAUGUCGCCGUGCCCUCGGGCUGCGCGGCUACGUGCGAAGCAGGGAGAAGAAAAAAAAAUGGCGCGUAGUUGAGGCGCGCUCGCGCUGAGAUCAGGGCAGCAUCCGGAACGAGAGCGAGUAGGUGCGCUGGCCAAGUGGUGGUGAGGUCGGCGUUGUCGAGCGAGGAGUACGACUAUGUCGUCGUCUGGGCCGGAGAAUCUUAUGGGAGCCGCGAGCAGUGACGACGGCUUCGAUUAUCUCUUUAAGAUCGUGCUGAUUGGCGAUUGUGGGACGGGCAAGACCUGCAUCGUUCAGAAGUUCCGAUCCGGCAAUUUUAUACAGAGGCAUGGCUUCACCAUUGGCGUUGACUUUUCCAUGAAAACCGUCCUCGUUGAUGGUAAACGCGUGAAGUUGCAAAUUUGGGACACGGCUGGCCAGGAAAGAUUUCGCACGAUAACGCAAAGUUACUACAGGUCGGCUAAUGGUGUAAUAUUAGUUUACGAUAUCACAAAGCGUUCGACUUUUCUAAGCUUACAAAGGUGGAUAGAUGAGAUUCGAAGGUAUACUUCCUCUCAUGUAUUGUUAAUUUUAGUAGGUAACAAGUGUGACUUGGAGGAGGCGAGAGAAGUUAAGAGUUCCGAAGCCGAAACUGUUUGCGAAUAUCUUCCUGAAGUCUUUCGCAAUGUGGAAACAUCGGCAAAAGAGAAUACUAAUAUCGAUUCUAUAUUCUUCUGUUUAGCCUCCGAAUUGAAGAGACGCCAUGAAAAUCGUCAAAUCAAUACAGAUGAAAGUGGAACUGUAAAAUUGGGCAAUGGACGUAAUCUUUCCACUUGCUCAAUGUGUUCUUAUAAACUGUCGUGAGUUAAGAAAUUCGCUGCUCUUCGUCAUUAACAACAACGUAUUUUAUGGAAUCUUGUAAUAAUACUUAGUUUUGAAGAUAAUUUAACGAUGUAGUAUAGCGGAAGUUGAAUUGACAAACGACCGAAUGAAUUGUGAAAGGAAGCUCGAUCAAAAUAUUACUUAAAUAAUAGCCAAUAUCAGUCAAAUUACAGGUGAAAAGUCGGUCAACUUUAAUUUGAACAACAAUUUACUAUAAUGAUUAAUGCGCAAUGAAGGAGCGGGGUAAUGUAUUUUUUACUUUAAUUGAAAAUUACUUAAUUUGCCUGAAACGUUUGAUUAAAUUAUUACAUAAUAGACAAAAAACAAAAGUGCCCUAACGGUAGAAAACAUAAAGCUUUAGUCACUUAUAUAAGAGGAGCACAUUUAGAUGAAAUAAUCAAGUAUAUUUUAGAAAAUAUUUAUAAGAGAUUUGACGAAAAAAAAUCUCAAAACUUUACCUUAGUGACCUGAUCUAAUUAGGAUACUCAGUGCCUUCUUAUUACUUGAACUAAGCAGUGCCACUGCAUAAUUCUAUUUAAAGAUAAAUAUAUAAAUCUACUUCAAACUUAAUUCUUUUAAUCCUAUAGUGUAUUGAUGCACGUAUAACGAUACAACAAUAUGCUUCACAAUGCAUAAUUACCAGUCAAAAAUAUGCGUCUUUUACAAACUAAUUACAACUGCCUUGAAGCCUGUAGUAAUAAUAGCCUUAUAAAAAAUAAUGUAUAAUUAUCGUUUUCACUGGAUCGAAGAAUUUUAACAAAUUA